UGGCGGGUGCUAACUAAUCAAGGCACUCAAAACAUUUCUCUCCUUCGGCUUAUCAAACAGAGUUGGACAGCAGCCAGCGCUCAGCAGCUUAGAAAGUUCCAUAAUUUCAACCUACAACUCUGGUUUAGUGAAUGCAUUUUCAAACCCAAAAGAAGUUGUUUUAGCAGUGAGAAUCGAUGGGCUACAGCACAGAAUCAAAAUGGUUAACAGCCACCAUAACCUUUGCGCUCGCAGCUCUCUCCGCCUCCACUGCCUUUUCUUUGUAUUUUUGGAAAAGAAAAUCGAGGGAUUUGGAUUCCAAGAUUGGAGAGCUCGAGAAAUCUCUCAAGGCCUCCUUAGACAAUUGUGCUGCUGAAAGGCAAGGCCGAAUUCGGGCUCAGCAGGCUUUGAGGAAAGCACUAACGCAGCCUAAGUUGGAUAAUGUGGAGCUGACUUCUUACCCCAUGGCACCUAUUGGUGUCAUCCAGUCAUGCUUCUCUACCAGGUAUUUGGGUGGGCGGCGUUUGGUAUUCCAAAUUAGAGAUCUUU